AUGGUCCCAAAAGAAUCUCAUCAGAACACUGGGAUUAUUCGCUUGCUUCGAUAUUUUGGAUGGAAUUGGGUUGGGAUCUUUGUUGUUGAAAAUAACAGUGGACAGCAUUUCUUGCAGAGUCUGGAACCAUUGCUUUCUGAGAACGGGAUCUGCUCAGCCUUUAUACAAUGGCUACCCUAUAUAGCACGUUUGGAUAAAAUGGAAGAGCAUGUAGCUAUAUGCUACAAGAUUUUUAUGCACUUAAGAAAUGAUAUAAAUGUGUCUGUUGUCUAUGGCGAAUCUUUGACAAUUGCAGCUCUAAGAUUCCUCUUAGUUCUGGGAGGUUUUGGAAAUGAAAAGUUAUUUUUUAAGAAUGUGUUCAUCAUGACUGCUCAGCUAGAUUUCAUGUUAACCGGCCUCUUAAGGGGUUGGGAUCUUCAGGUUUUCCACGGUACCAUUGCUUUUGCAAUCCACUCAGAGAACAUUCCAAAUUUCAAAGAAUUUAUAAAGACAGUAAACUCUCACUGGAACAAAGCAGACAGGUUUAUUCAGGUCUUCUGGGAACAAGCAUUUGACUGUUACUUUCCAAAGCCUUGGGAGCAAACAGAAGACAUAGGGCAGUGUACUGGGAAUGAGAAGAUUGAGGAUAUAUUUAUGCCUCAUUUUGAAAUGAGCAUGACAGGACACAGCUACAGUAUCUACAAUGCUGUCCACAGUGUGGCUCGUGCUUUGCAUGCUAUGCGCUCUUCUCAAUCCAACUACAAAAGAGGGAAAUGCCCAUCUCAUACAAGCAAGAAAUGCAAUGAAGUCAAACCGAAAAAUCUUCAGGCUUGGCAGCUCCAUCCGUUCCUUCAAAGUGUCUCAUUUAACAACUCUGCAGGAGAAAGUGUAUCCUUUGAGCAGAGAAUGCAAGCAAGAGGUAUAUUUGAUAUUAUCAAUUUGGAGACACUGCCAAACAAUUCCUUCCAGAGAAGGAAAGUUGGAAAGGUAGAUCCGAGUGCUCCUCAAGAUGAACAAGUCACCUUUGAUGAAAAUAUGUUGGUGUGGCAUCCAGGAUUUAAACAGCUGCCUCCCUUUUCGUUGUGUAAUGAACGUUGCCGUCCCGGUUGUCAGAAAAAAAGUAAGGAAGAGAAAAAAUUCUGCUGCUAUGAUUGCAUCCCAUGUCCAGAUGGCGAGAUUUCUAAUUCAACAGAUAUGGAUGACUGUUUCAGAUGUCCAGAAGACCACUAUCCAAGCAACGACAGAAGCACGUGUAUCCCAAAAAGCAUAAGCUUCUUGUCUUAUGGAGACCCCUUAGGGACCAGUUUAGCUGUGAUUGCUUCUUCUUUUGCCAUCAUCACAGCGAUGGUGCUAGGAGUAUUUAUCAAGCAUAAAGAUACCCCAUUAGUCAAAGCUAACAACCGAAAUCUCACCUAUAUUCUUCUCACUUCCCUCAUGCUCUGCUUCCUCUCUUCUCUCCUAUUUCUUGGUGAACCACGAGAAGUCACUUGCCUCUUACGACAAUCCAUUUUUGGUCUCACUUUCUCUGUGGCUAUUUCUUGCAUUCUGGCCAAAACUACCAUUGUUUCCCUAGCAUUCCUUGCUACAAGGCCUGGCUCAAGAAUGAUGAAGUGGGUAGGGAACAGGCUGGUCCACUUCAUUAUUUUUCCAUGCUCCCUUCUUCAAACUUGCAUUUGCCUUGUGUGGUUGGCAUCCUCUCCACCCUUCCCAGAUGUUGAUAUGAAGUCAAUACCUGAGGAAAUCAUUAUUCAAUGUAAUGAAGGCUCUGCCAUCAUGUUCUACUUUGUCCUCGGCUACAUUGGCCUCUUGGCCAUGGCCAGCUUCAUUUUGGCCUUUCAGGUCCGUAAAUUACCAGAUACUUUCAAUGAAGCCAAGUUCAUUACGUUCAGCAUGUUGGUUUUCUGCAGUGUGUGGAUAUGUUUUGUCCCCACUUACUUGAGCACUAAAGGGAAAGAGAUGGUGGCUGUGGAGACCUUCUCCAUCUUGUUCUCCAGCGCUGCCUUAUUGGGGUUCAUCUUUGCCCCUAAAUGCUACAUCAUUGCAUUGAGGCCUGAUCUGAACAGUAGGGACCAACUUAUAAGAAGAAAGAAUUAA